AUGAAGGGGAAGAGGAAGGGAGAGCACGAGGGCGAGCAAUGGAAAGGGAAGAAGCAGAAGCAUGCGCGCGUGGAGGAGGAGGAGGAGGAGGAGAUCAGAUCCUACAGGUUCACAUGCAGACGCUGCGAGGACGACAGGCUCUUCUGCUACCCCGAGGUCAUGGCCUGCACCUUGUCAGGCUGCAUUCCUUGCGCGUACAAGCUCGUCGUGCAGCCUUUCAUCAAGCACGAGCAGGGCAGCCGGUUCAGGCCGAACCGUCGGCCCGAAGAAUGCAUCCGCAUGCGAGCAGCAGCAAGCUCGCCUCCUGCUGCCAGCGACCUAGCUGCUCUCCUCCCCAAGUCCUCCAUCCUCACAGUAGGCGACGGUGACCUGACCUUCUCCAUGAGCAUGGCGCGUCGCCUUCGAGCCAGCGAGCAUGCUGGCUGCUUCGUGGCUACGACACACUUGUCGCGGAGAAGCUUGGAGGAAGCGUACGGCAAGGAAGAGAUUGGAAAGACGAUCCGAGAGCUUGAGGCCAGCGGGGCUGUCGUGCUGCAUGAGGUGGAUGCUACCGACCUCUCCUCCUCCAUCUCCCGCAGCUGCCGCAAGAGCCGGCAACAAGACAGCAACAUGAUCAGUGACUUGCGUUUCGAUCUUGUUGUGUGGAACUUUCCCUGUGUGGAUGGGGGAAAGGAAGGGAAAGACGCACAGCUGGAGGAGAUCGAACAGAACAAGGAUCUGAUGAGCAAAUUCUUCAUGUCCGUCAUCAAGAUCACCCGGCAAGGGGGUCAGGUCCACGUAUCCCACAAGACCAAGCCUCCCUUCUGCCACUGGAACCUCCCGGAACUCGCCGAGUCAGCAGGGCACAAGACGGAGCAGGAGGAGCUUCGACUUGGAUUCGUGCGGCGGGUUGUGUUCGACCGGUCCAUGUUCCCCUCGUACCAUAACAGGAAAGUCGCGACAGGACGCGGGAGGUUUCCGACAUGGGAUGCCGUCACUUAUGUCUGGAGAUGCACGUCGAGGAGCGAGAAGGAGGAGGAGAUGGGAGGGAGAGGAGCGCAGGAGCGGGUGGCGCUGAUGCAUCUGCUGCGAAGGGAGGGCAUGAUCGACAGGCUGAGCGAGGAGGCGAGGAGACAGCGGAGCAGCAGCAGCAGCAGAGGCAGCGGAGAGGAGAGGGGGUGCGUGCUCGACAAGGCGGGAGUGCACGAGCUGGAGGAGGAGGUGGUGGUGUGCGACGGGAUGAUCCGGCUGAGCGACAAGAUCUUGGACUCGAUCUGCAAGCUGCUGCUUCUUGGAUGA